AUUGUGUCUUUUUCUCUUUUGCCGAUUCCAAAUUAUCUUCGUUUUUUUUUGAUCGUAACUUUUACUUUCUUAAUUUGUUUGUUAAUCUCCAUCUCGAAAUCUUUUUGCAUUCCAAGUCCAAUCUCGUUGAUUUGUUUGGUAAAUUUUGAAAGAUCGAUUACUAAAACUACACAUGUCCUCGACUAUGCGCAAUUGUUUUGUUUACUAUUGUGAGAAGACAUUCAUUUAUCAUAGACUACGAUUCAUAGUUAAUCAAAUUCCCGUCAAUUAAAAAUCGUAAUAAUUACAAGCAAAAUGAUUAAACGGUUUGUUUCAUCGGUUUGGCAAAGAAGGACUUGUAGCAGCUCAAGUUGUUCCCUCGACAAAGAAUGGGAAUCAUUCAAAGCCAAGUACAAUAAAGUUUAUGGUUCUUCAGCAGAAGAAUCAUAUCGAAAAUCAAUUUUCGUAGCGACAUUGGAAAAAGUCAAUGCCCACAACCGAGAAGCUGACAAUGGAGUCCACGCUCACCGAGUGGGAAUCAACCAUUUCGCUGACUUGACACAAGAGGAAUUCGAAGCUAAUUAUCUUGGUUUCAGGGGACGCACUAAAAGCCCCAACGAAGAAAAGUCUUAAUAUAAUAUUUACCUUCUUCGGCCACUUAUGUGAAAAAAUCGAUCAUUACGGACAAAGAAAAAACCCUGAGAAAAGAAGAAUCAAUUCUCUUUCGCCAAAACUUUUUACCAAAUUAAUUGUAAUGAUUGGUACGGUGGUGUGAUGAUUGUUAUAACACUAUAUAUAA